AUGAAUUAAUCAUUUUAGCGAUUAUGAUAUAAAGCGACCAUUAUCGAUUAGAUGAGAGUGAUUCAACCGAUGAUAUGAAAAAAUAAAAUAGAAUUGGGAAAUUUAAUUGUGUUUAUGACUUUGUUUUGGAAGACAACGUCGACGUCUUUGAGGAUAAAGAGCUAAAAUUUUGACAUUGGAUGUUAAACUGUUGAAAGACGAUUGUAUAAAACGAUGAUGCCAUGUUGUCUAGGAAUGGUAUUGAAGUGAUAACCAUGGUGAUAGCUAUAUUUGAGAGUAUAAAUGGAAUGACUGGAUGUACAAGAUGUCAGAACUGUUGUCAACCACAGGUACCACAUAAUGUUUGGAACGAUGAAAUAAUGACGACGUUUAGUAACGGGACCAAUGAAAACAACGCAACAGAUAUGGACGUGUUCUUGACCUCGGCACCUUGUCCUCCGAUCUGGAAUAUAACCCUAACCCUGGGAUAUUUUACCAAGACUAACAUGUCAUGUGAUCAGAGUGUUCUGGUAUUAAACAGGUGUCUCACUAAUUAUCAGGAUUCAAUUUCAUGUGGACAAAAAGUGGAAUUACUGAAGGCGUGUCUUGUUGCCUCGUUGUGUCAAACAUUACACGAUAUGCUGACAGCAACAUGCGCACUGUGUCCUAUUAAAUGUGCAGACGCACCAUCGACAAAUCAUUCCCAAGAAUCAAUUUUUGACGAUACGUCGGAGGCUUCGACUCCCGAUGAUUAUGAACCAAGUGGAGAAUCCCCGUACACAAGUUCACCUGACGUCAUGACGGAUAUAACGACGAUGACGUCAGCGUCUUCAUUAACUAAUUGUGAUAUAUUGUGUUUGUCUAUCGUUAUACCAUUGUUAUUGUUACUGAUCAUCGGUGUUAUUACAGCCAUUGUCGUUUUAUGCAAACAAGACAAGGAGGGGAAGAAAAAUAAAGAAUUACAGAAAAAAUUACAGAUUCCAGCGUAUGAAAAUAAUAUAAUUCCAUUAGAUAAAAUACGACCAUACAGUUUACAUGAAGAUAAUAAACCCAGACCACACAGCUUCCAGGAAGAUACGAAACCUCGGAUAACAUCAAUAGGUAGACCAAUAUCAGUGGGGUGGAAUCACGAAUAUAUACAUGUUAACGGAGGGAGCGCACCGAACCAAAAGGAUUCACUUUAA